AUGAGAGAUAGAUCAGUAAGGUUCUGGUUACAUGUCCUGCUGGACAUUGUGUCUGUACUGAGCAGAACUUCAGAGACAAUCCAACUGAAGAAUGCAUGUCUGAGUGAUGUCUGGAACCAGCUGGAGUCGGCUAAAGUCAUACUUCAAAAUGCUGGACCAAAUUGGAGGAAAGUUGAGGACAAACCUGAGGUUGUGACAGGAAUACAGAAGAAAUUUCUGUUAUCUUUGAUAUUUAACAUAAACAGGAGGUUUGUGGGAGAUUUAGGCCUUUUUAAAGGCAGCUCUUUCCUGGCCUUUUGUAAUUGGCCAACUGACUAUGAUGAAGUAGCUACAUUUGGAGAUGAGGAUAUUAUCGAGUUAAUCGGGGUUUGUGAUGAUCCAUUGAAAAGGGUUGAGUGUGAUACUACAUCAUUUGAGCAAGAAUGGACCCGGUUCAAGCUGGAUCUUUUUAAGAGUAAAAAGAACAUGGAGACUCUGACCUGGUCGGGUGUGUGGAUGAGCUACGAAGAGAAGUAUCCAAACCCUUUCACCCUUGUAAGUCUGCUAUUGGCUCUCCCCUCAAGCUCUGUAGAUGCUGAAAGAGGGUUUUCAAAAAUGAAAAACUUGAAGACUGAUUGGAGGUCUUCACUGACCGACAGUCACCUCAGCAACCAGCUGCUGAUAGCUGCGGAAGGCCCAGCUGUACUGGACUUUGAUCCUGACGAGGCAAUACGUUACUGGGAAGAUACCUCUCUCAGGACCAGGAGGCCGUUUGCAAAUGACAGUAAAAAACCAAAUCUUGUAGCUGUGCCAUCUGAGCCUGAUGUGGAAGAGGGUGUGGAUCUUGUUGAUGUUGGUGAGCUUUACCAGAUGGCUGAAAGAUUGGAGGAAGAGAAUGAGGUUGUAGAGUCAGGAGAGUCCGGGAAUUAUGAUGACCAUGAGGACAGUAGAGAUAUUAGACUGUUACAGCAGAAAGCUUAUAAAUUACUUACUGGGCUAUUGUGAAUAAAAUAUGAUACAGUCAUUUUGUU